UCACAGUUUCCGACCGGCGAGGAAAAUCCUACCGAUCACUUGUGGGCUGGGUUCGGAUAAUGCUCCGUGCGUGUCCGUGUCCGUGUCUGGUCGCCGCAGCAGCAGCAGCAGCAGCAAACGCUUCGUAAUUUUCUCACUCUCGCCUCGCCCAUUCUCUCGGAACAGCCAUCAUCUUAUCCCGGCACUCGUGUCGUAGCCAGCAGUGGCAUCAUUCCUGGGCGUUGGAAGUCGAGUCCAGAAGGAGGACGAAGGAAGGAAGGAAGAAAGGAAGUAAAGCAGCGGCUUCGAGGAAUCAUGAUUUCCACAUCAAUGGCGUCAAUGACCCUGAGCUCGGCCUCGGCGCUUGCCUCGCCCGUUCCGCAUGCCCUUCGCGGUUUGGCUGAUUCUGGUCGCUCUUCGCGACAGGUCGUCCGCUGUUCCGCCACGAGAGACACCGACGAUGCCGAGAAGGCGCAACCUAUGGAGACAAUUAAGAAAGUAGCAUGCGGACUUUGUGCUGCGCUUACGAUUGCCACUGCCAUGCCUUCCUUCGCGGCAAAUACAAACAAUCAGGCGAGACUUCCCCCACUUUCUAGAGACCCUGACAGGUGCCAAAAAGCGUUCGUCGGAAACACUAUUGGCCAGGCCAAUGGAGUGGCCGAUGUGCUCUUGGAUCUUCGCUUCUGCGACUUCUCCAACGAUCUGGUCAACUUGAAGGGCAAGACCCUCUCAGCUGCGCUCAUGUCGGAUGCAAAGUUUGAUGGAGCAGACAUGACCGAGGUGACCAUGUCCAAAGCAUAUGCUGUUGGAGCCAGCUUCAAAGGCACCACCUUCAAAAAUGCCGUCUUGGACCGAGUUGUGUUUGACAAGGCAGACUUGCGAGGUACUCAAUUCAUUAACACGGUCCUGUCGGGAAGUACCUUCACCGACGCAAAUCUAGCGGACGCCUCAUUCGAGGAUGCACUGAUAGGCUACGUUGAUAUCCAAAAGCUUUGUAGAAACCCCACUCUUUCUCAAGAAGCCAAGGAAACCCUGGCAUGUAAAUGAUCCAACGAAGUGCAAUAGCCUUGCAGCAUGUGCUGAAGAUCCAGGUGAUGCCCACAAGUAUUUAAUUCAUGAGCAGAAAAUUCGUUAAUUCGCU